AUGGAGUUUGUGACCGGCUACCGGGCAGAGAUCCUGGACUUUGCCGAGCUUCUCUUCGGCUGGUACCAGCGCUUCCUCCUGGACGCCGUCUGCCGGCGGGGCAGCGAGCGGCGCAAGAGGCAGGAGAGCUCCAUCCGCCGCCUGCCGCCCGACCCGGCCCUCUGGAUCCUCCACCUGCUGCCCAACCGCAGCCUGGCCUUCACGGUGGCCGACCCCGGGCAGCAGCUGGGCGGCCGCUUCUACAGCGAGGAGGCCCUGGCCCUGCAGGACCUGGAGCGCUUCAUCACCUUCGUGGGGGCCGGGGGGGAGGAGGAGGAGGAGGAGGAGGAAGAGGAGGAGGAGGACGCCGUGGCCACGGAAACAGGGCAGCCCUUGUGGCGCGUUGAGCACCUCCUGCUGGUGACUGAUGAGUACGGCACCAUCCUGGGCUUUGACUUCGUGCUGGGGGGCUUCCUGGGGGCGGCUGGGCAGGAGCCCCUGGAGCCCCGGGCCCUCGCCUUGCUCUGCUACAGCAUGUUCUGCCCCCUGGGCGCUGGGGAGCCCCGCCGGCCGAAGCUGCUGACCGUGGGAGACCCCGUUUUGCACAAGUCCCUGGAGCCCCUGCUUGCUCGCCUGGGCAUCCGGAUGAGCAAGGGCCCGAUGCGGGGCUGGGGCCCCAAGCCCAGCUUCUCCUUCCCCACCACACGGGUGCGGGCGUGUCACGUGUGCAAGAGACACAGUUUUGAGGGCCAGAUCACAGCCUGCCAGCAUUGCCGCGCCGUCUUCUACUGCUCGGAGAAGUGCCGGAAGCUGGACUGGAGCCGCAGCCCCGAGGACAUCGGGCACCAGUUUUGGUGCCAGCGCAUGGCUGGGUACAUGAGCCAUGCCAGGGAGCUCGCCAACCUCCCCUUCACCUUUGCUGCCGAGGUGACCAGCGACACCUUCAACAAGGAGGGCUUCCUGCUUGCGCGAGGGCUGACCCGCGGCUACUGGGUGGCUGAGAGCAUGCUGGUGAGGGCCCCGGACUAUGGCCUGGGGCUGCAGAAGGGCCCCGUGAAGACCCCCGUGCCCUUCCUCCAGAGUGGUAACCCCUUUGAGGCCCUCAGGCCGGAAGGAGGGACAGCACUCCCCCCAGCACCCCCAGAGCCCCCCACACCUCGGACCUUCUUUGCGUCCUGGAAAGAGUACUACCAAUGGCGGGGGCUGCCUCUCGGGGCCCCCCUGGCCGUGCUGCUGACCUAUCCCCUCACUGCCUACUACAUCAUCACCCAACUGGCCCCCCAGCACUUUCCAGAGCUGAACAUUUUGAACAAACAGUCCCUCAAGAUCCACCUGGUGGAGGCCGGCAAGGAGUUUGGCGUCCUGAUGGUCUUCUGGGAGUUGUCAGUGUUGCUCCCCCACGUUUCCCUGGAGCUGCUCUUUGUGGGGGACACGUUGCCCCCCGAGUUGGACGGCCAGCAGUUCCUUUUGCAGAGAGAUUGGGUGAUCACCUCCCCCCCCGCCUCUUUUCAGGAGGAGCAGGGGGUCUCCGUCCUGCCCGGCUUGGCCCCCAGGGCCAAAGGAGGCCGCCGGGAGCUGCAGCUGGGCUUCAGUGCCCGACCAUACCACCUCCUGCAGGCUCCCAAACCGGACCUGGUGAUUGGGUUCAACUCCGGCUUUGCCCUGAAGGAGACGUGGCUGAGCGCUUUGCCGCGACUGCAGUCCCUCCGAGUGCCAGCCUACUUCACCGAAUGCAGCGCCUACAGCUGUGCCGUGGAUGAGGCCGCAGUCUCCAUGGCCACGGGGGGCAGUGCCAGCCCCGCCCAGAUCAAUCCCUUCCGCUCACCCUUCCGACAAGCCGGGAUUGACAACGCCAUGCCCUGGUACUGCAACGCCUUCAUCUUCCACCUCAUCUACAAGGCCUCGGCCAACAACCACCGGCAGAGCUCAGUGCCGCCUCCGCAGCCGCUCCUGGCCAAUGGGAACCCAGAGCCACCCGAGCCGGCCCGGAGCCGGCGCAAGGACAAGAGGCAGAUCCGUGCGGCAGGGCGCCGGCGCAAGUGA